AUGACUGACACAUCAAUAGGAAAAGUGAAUGCGGCAGAUCCUGAAUGUAAUCCCAAAUACAUACGACCAAAUGAAUACAUAGAUGAUUACACUGCACCCAAAAAGGAGCCCCCAGCAAGGACAACAACACCUACCACUACUACCACCAUGAAAACUUCAAAGGAUAGUAAGACAAACGACUUCAAUACUAAUGACCCCAGUUUCGUAACAUCAACAAGUAGUAAUACAAGACCAUCGGAGAGUUUAAUGGCUUCUCUGGAUAGUUUUGGACGUAGUGUCUUAAACGCGUCGCCUAGGUCGUCCAUUUCUUCCAUGUCUGCUAGUGCUGCUAUGGAUAGAUUGAAAAAUCCUGAGAGAGAUAAAUUGCCCUUGAAUGCUAGCGCUACAUCUGUAUCUUCCAAGUCUGAAAACAAGGAGGAGGAAAACAUAGACUCCAAAUAUAAAUAUGAUUGGAAUGAACUACCAAAGGCAACGUCUAGUGUUCUGAUAAGGAAAGGAAAUUUAAAUAAAGUUGAAGUUAAGAAGGAUGGCAUAAAAAAAAUGGUCGAGUAUGAUCCCAUGUAUAAUAAGAGGCUGGCAGAAAUGGAUUUAUUUUUCACGUUUAAUUUGAAUUCCACUCCAAAGGAUGCACUUAUUAAUUCUAAGAAAAGAGUAUUAUCGUAUACAAGUUUCUUGACGGAUUAUUUGAAAGUGAGGAAGAGUGCAUUUGAAAGUUAUUCAUUAGACGUUGAUGUUAUCACUUCGAUUGAGACUGUUUUAAAGAGUUAUAUUUCAUUUAAUCCCUUAUAUGAUUAUGGUGAAAUAGAGAGAAUAUUGGAAUUAUGGUAUUUGCAAGCUGAUAAAUUCUUAUUACAAUCCAAUUCGGGUAUCUUUUCAAAUGAAAUUAUACAAUAUUUAUUAAAGAGAAAAUCUCUGUUGAGGCAGUCAAAUCAAAGUAAUAAUAAUUCUUUAGAAGCUAUUGAAUCUUCUAAAGUUACAUUUAAUGAAGCUUACGAUGAUAAGACCGAAGGGAAAGUAGGUAAUGAUUCAUUAAUAGGUUAUCAGUAUCAUGAUAUCGAUAUCUUACUGAUAAGACCAAAACUUUGCCACCAACGAGGUUGGCAAUUAGCAUACGAUGAACCAAGUUUAAAUAUAGCCGAUUUCGAAUUAGAUACAUCGCCAUGGCUUGAACAUGGAUCAGCUUCCUCUCCAACAAUAACUGAAGGUAAAACUAUGGCAAGUAACAUGGACAAAUAUAUUCCAAAAAAUAUGGGUAUGGUGAAAGGAAUUCCGACUCUAAAAAUUGUAAAAGAUAUGAGUGAGUUGAAGGAACUUGAUAGUGAAACUGCUCCUAAUUAUAUGGUGGAUUGCAUGGAUAGAAAAAUAUUUGCUUCAAAAUCAAAUAGACCGUCUUCGGUGGAUGAAGCAGCCUUGGCCGGAGAACAGCAGCAGCAACAGCAACAGCAACAGGAUAUUACUGCUUCAAAAAGAAAUAAAAAAGGUAGGAAUAAAAAUACAAGGAAAUCAGGAAUGUUGAAUUUUUUCAAAAGGAAGCAUUCUCAAUUAACUUUACCUGCAUCUUCAGUGACUCCAACUUCUGCUGGAUCUAUAAUAUCGGAAAAGACGAUGUCAACAGGGGAUCAAAAUGAAAAUAACCAAAAUAUCUGGCUCGAGGAUUACUUUUGCAAAGCAUUGAGUAAUUACCAAAGAGUUAUAUUACCCACUCAAUAUAUACUGCCUGGGGAUGGUAAAUUAUUACAAGUGCAAACUACUGAAUCUGAUGAUUCUUCAUUAUCACUAAGUUCCAGAAGUAAAGAAUCAUCGAAUUUUAAAUCACAUGAAAAAAAUGCACUCCUUUAUGGUAAAGAAUUUUUACAAAUAAGAUUACCCUUUAAGACAGAUUCUAUUCCCACUAUAUCAUGUCCUGGAAUUUGGACAAACCUAACCUAUAAUAAGUGGAGAGCAUUGUUGAGAGAAAUGUAUAGAUGCAUAAUCCCUGGUGGAUACAUAACAGCAAUUGUUGCAGACAUUAAAGUUUCAAACUCGUAUAGGGAACAAAAUGACACGGAUGAUGACACACUUUUCGAAACGACAUUGGAAAGAGACAAAAGUUUUGAUGCAAUGACAUUGGAGGCCAUUAAUAAAGGGCUUCAUAUUCAUCCAACAAAGCAUAUGACCAAGAGUUUCAAGGAGGUAGGAUUUACAGGUAUUAAAUCAACUGUAUUAAGUUUAAAGACAGGUGAUUUCAAAGAUGAUAUGGGGUGUCUAGAUGAGUUCGUAUUUUUGCAAAAUUGGGAUUACACUCUAAGGAGACAACUUCCUGAUGGUGCCAAUCCUCCAAAGGGGCUAGAUCCGACGACACUAUUCGAUAGGUAUGUUAAAGAGCAUUGGGGUAAGAUUGAUGAUAACGCAGGAUGUUUCAGAACUCUUUAUAUUGUUGCACAAAAACCCAAAAGACAGGCCUAUAAAUAA